AUGUCAUUUUUUCAGAAUUAUUCAAUGAAAACAGUGUUACUAACUUACUCUGCAAUAUUUUCAGCGUUAUUUUCAUCACUUUCAUUUUUAACAGGGUACUUUGGAGGGCGAGUAAUAAUUAAUGAAUUUUUGGCUUAAUCUAAUAUAAUAUAUGAGAGAGAUAAUGCUAAUAAAAUUAGUUAUGCUUCCCAUUAUUAAAAAUAUUUGAAUUCUUACUUUUAAAUAAAUGCUAAUCCACUAAUCACUUUAAACUAACUGUAUUUAGCUUAUUUUACAAAAAUAAAUUAGAACAGCUCUUUAAAUUAAAAUAAUUUUGGUGGUUUGGAAUCUUAUCCUUAGAUAAUUGCUAACAAAAACAAUUCCAAAUUCUCAGACUCUGUAUUUUGUUACACUUUUAAAGAAAAAUUUAACGAUGCAGAAAGAGAUUAAAUUCAACAAGUUAACUUUGGUGAUUUUAUUGGUUCAAUCGGACAAAUAAUACACCCACACUUUGAUACCAAUGAAGCUUUUUUAUAUGGCUAUAUAGUUGAAUAGCCUAGACUUCUCUAUUCUUAUCCAUGCUAUUCUCUCGGAUAGGAGAUUCAACAAUAUCAACCAGAAACUAGACCAUGGUAUCUUUUAGCCCAAAAUAUUUCAGAAUAAAUUAUAAAUAAAAGGGAGUAUUUCUACAGCAUAUCUGAUCCCUAUUUGUUCAAUUAGGAUUAGAAAGUGGGAAUAACGAUAACACUACCUUUGAUUGAUAAGUCUUUUCAAUUCAAAGGAGCGUGGGGUUUAGAUAUUUUUUCAGAUUACAUAAUUCAAAAAACCUAAAAAAUGUUACAAGAUUUCAAAGAUAUUUACAUAAUGAUUUUAACAAAGGAUGGCAUUUUAGUAAAUUAGUAAGGUCACGAACAUGCAUAUUUCUAUGACCAAAACAUUACUGGAUUUAAUAAAAAUGAUUGGGAUGAAAUUCGUAAGAAUAGUUAAUAAUACUACAAACUUAUGAAUUAGAAAACCAAUUCUUAAUAGAGCAUUAUCAAAUUUUACCUCCCCAAACAAUAACUUUAUUUCUUAUUGUAAUCAAUUACUUUAAUUUAGAUUAGUAUUAUAGAUAAUGCCAGUUAUUAAGAUUAUCUUGAUGAAUGUAAAACAAUAUUAUAAACAAAAAUUGAUGAGAAAUUACAUUAAGCCAUAAUACUUCUAUUAUCAGUUUAUUUCAGUUUGUUGAUAUGUUCGUAUCUGAUGAUAUCUAAACUAAUUAUAUCACCUUUGCAGGAGAUAAUCUAAUGUGUUAAAGUAAAGAGAACAAAAACUUUAAGGGAGAAGUAUGAAGAUCUGCUGAAAUGGAGAUUUUAGAUUAAAAGAAAGCUUUAUAUUAGUCCAGCACUAAAAAAUUUAUAGAAUGCUGUCUAUUUUUUAAAUAAUUUUCAUUUUUAAAACACUAAAUAAAAGAAUAGCUCUUGUUAGCUGAUGCAGAAAUUUUAAUUUCCUAAGAAAGAAUGGUCUAAAAGAGGAGUGUAACAUAUGUUAUAAAAAAACUCAAAAGCAAUCAGAAUCUAAGAUUUUAACACUUAAAUUGAUGAUUUUUCUUUAAAUCGUAAUUAACAGAAUUCUAAUAAUAGGAAUAAAUUAAGGUUUAUACAUUAAUUUAAUCUGAAUUCGAAAGAUAAAUAAUAAAACUAAAUACAAAAUAAGGAUGAUCUAAAUUUUAAUUUAAGCAAUUAAAUUUAGUUGAUCGCUUUAUCAUUUGUAAAAAGCUAACUAACAACAAAAUCAGAAGUUUUUAAUGAUUUAAAUUGA